AUGAUGAUGAUGAUGAUGUCAAUGAAUAGAAGAUUAUUAACAUCCAAAUCUGCCACUACAUUGCUAGCGCGUUCCCUAUGGACUACUCCGAUCAAAUACCAACAACAAUCGAAAACGUUUGUCCCACCAAUUCAAUUGUUUGGAUUAGAAGGAACCUAUGCUACUGCUCUAUUUAAGGCAGCUUAUAUGGACUCUACUAUUGAUUCCACUGCUUCAUCUUUGAACUCCAUACAAAAUUUGAUCCAUAAGGAUUCCUCUUUGAAGAGUAUCCUUGAGAAUCCAGCUUUGUCACCUGAUGACCGUGUAUCCAUCGUUAAUUCAUUAUUGAAGGGUAUCAAUGGGAAAUCAAAUAAGGAUGUUGAUAAUUUUUUGAAAGUUUUGGCUGAUAAUAAUAGGUUGAAUCUGUUGAGUGUCAUUUGUGAACAAUAUAAUAAAUUGAAUGAUGCACAACAGGGAAUUGUGCAAGGGAAUAUCAUUAGUUCGAAACAAUUGGAUGAUAAAGUUAUGAAAAGGUUACAUAAUGGUAUUUUGCAAUCAAAGUCUAUCGUUAAGGAGGGACAGGUUUUGAAGUUGAAUAAUUUGGUUAGACCAGAUAUUUUGGGAGGAUUGAUUGUGGAGAUUGAUGAUAAGACUGUAGAUUUGAGUCUUUCAACUAAGAUUCAAAAUUUGAAUAAGAUACUAAAUGAAACGAUUUGA